AUGCCUAGAUCUAUCUAUCUAUCUAUCUAUCUAUCUAUCUUAACCAUCUUUUUUUUCUUUCUUUCUAUUUCUUCUAGCAGCCGCCAUCCUUGUUUUUCAACCUUUUACCUCAGAUUUUUAGCCUUUUUCUCCCCUGAACGACGGAUUAAAGAGGAACAUAUUUACAAUAUCACUAUGGAUAUUACUCAUGCAGUUACGCCUGGUCGUAAAAAAGUUUACAACAUGGAACCACGAACUCCACUAAAAAGACAAAGAAUCCCAGUGCAAAGAUUCCAGUCUCCUGUUCUUGAAGAAGGGGCACCCAAACCAAAAAUUCCUACAGAAGAGAAGAUUUUACUCUUCAAAAAAGGAACUUUUCUUGCUGUUCGGAAUCCUGAAGGAAGCUUUUAUGUUUGCAAAGCUCAACAAAUUGUCUACCGGUCAUCCAAACGUUUCCGUAUCCAAUGGCUGAAUUUGGUUCAGCCUCCAGAUGUUUACAAAUUGGAUUAUAUGGAUGCUACAGAACUGGAAUGUGUGUUGUGUGAUGUCAAAAUGGAUAGGAUUGAGAAGGAUACUUACCGACUACACUUCGUUCAACAGUCACGUGCUGAAAAAGCAUUGAAGAAAGUCUUAAAUCUCGAGAGAGGCUUGCCUAUAAAUGAAGGAAUUGAUGAAGAUGAACCUUUAAUAAAAAGGAAGAAAGCUGUUGAAAGCUCCCCUAAACCAUCAGCAAAAGAUGCCAAAGUCACAUCCAAAGGGAAAGGCAAAACUGAAAAAGCAGCAGCGGGGAAGCGAAAAGGUGGAGGUGGAAAGAACCCGGAUAAAAAGCUCAAACCAAACCCUAACAUUGUAGUACUGGAUAAAGAACCAUUCUUUGAAACAAAUGAAGCUGUGCCUUUCAUCUCUGCCCAAGUGAAUGGAAAAUUAGCCAUUCGGGCUGUUUUGCUAAAUGACAUGACUCUGCUCAAGUCUCUCACUCAUGGACUUGAUUAUCUAAGAUCACCUAAUAACAAACUUACUGCUCUACACUAUGCUAUUCAACGACAGAACCGAGGAGCUGUCAUUUAUCUUGCUGAAGAUUACUUCAGUUCUAACCGAAAAUCUUCACAACAGAAGACUAACUUGUUGAUCAAAUCUAUGAACACUGGAUGGUAUAAUCCCACUUUUCUUGGAAUUCGUAAUAUCAGAGCUCUCACUGUUGGCAGAGGAAACCGUGAAGGAAACAAUGCACUAACAAAGGACAUUAAUGAAGAUGUUAUGUUCAUGCCUGAGAAUUUCUUUGAGUAUGCUGUAUCAAUUGGAGCCAGCAAAGAAAUUUUGGAAUUACUUUUUGAAGCUAACCAGAAUGAAACCAGAGAUGAACAGCUUGUUAGCGUGUAUCAAAACAUUCACCAAGCAAUUGUCAAGGGUCAUCGUAAAUUGGCUGGCAAGUUGAUAGAAGAAGCAGAAAAAGCUGGUGGACAUGGUUAUAACUAUCUCCACAAAGAGGUGCUGCUUUUUGAAAAGGAAGACUUAAGGGCUAACAUUUUACCUGCAUCUGUCAGAAAGAAACCCUUUUAUUCUAAAAUCACUCCACUGCAUUGUGCGGCAAUCAACCCAAAUAUCAAAUAUCUGCAAACACUUGUAGGUGUUGAACCUGACAUCAAUAUUGUUGACAAAUGGCAACGAAGACCAAUCCACUAUGCGGCAGCUUGUGUUUCUUCAGCACCUCUUGAAUAUCUGCUAGAAAAAUUUGCAAACCCAUCAGAUGAGGACAGCUCAGGAAUGAGUGCUCUUCAUUUUGCUGCUCAAGCUGGUCGACCUCAAAAUGUUGAUAUCUUGCUCAAACGGGCAAAAAAUCUUGGCACUGAAUCUGAUGUUUUCGCUGCUAAAUAUGGUCCUGCAGGAAUCAACCGAUCAAACCGAUUUGGAUCUUGUCCACUACAUCUGGCCAUAACAAAUGGACAUACGGACGUUGUAAAAGUGUUACUGAAGCAUCAAGUUGAUGUUAACAAACCACUGACAGCUUCCAAGGACAAAAUGACUCCUCUUAUGAUUGCUGCCUGCAAGGGACAUUUGGAAAUUGCUCGCCUUUUGGUUGGCCAGAAGGCAUUUAUUGAACAAACAGAUAAAAUGAAACGCACUGCAUUGACUCAUGCUGCCAUGAAUGGUAACACCCAUCUUGUGUCGUACUUUUUGUCUUUGGGAGCUGAUCCCAAUCACACUGAUUCUUCAGGCAACUCUGUAGUUCACUAUGCAGCUGCCUAUGGAUGGUUCUUUUGUUUGAAACUCCUUGUUGCCAAUGGUGGUGCUAACCCUAACCUUGCCAAUGAUUGGAAGAUGACUCCAGUUUGUAUUGCUUUUCUGAAAGGCCAUUUUGGUUUAGUGGAUCUAUUGCUGAAUCAGCCGGGAGUAGACAUUAACUUUAAGGAUGAUAAGGGUCGUACGUUGGUUAGUAUUGCUGCUUCCAGCAAACUUGUACCCGAACUGAUGGACCAACUGAAUUAUUUGUUGAACAAGAAAGCUGAUUGUUCUUUAGCUGAUCUUGAAGGCUAUAAUCCACUUCAUCACUUGGCUAGAAACAUGCAUUCAAAAUUGGAUUCAAAUGAGCUUCCUGAUGCUGAGACAAUGAAAGUGAGUGUUGAUGUGGCCAACUUUCUCAUUGACAAUGGGUGUGACCCAACUGCUCGUGCCAAUGAUGGCAUCACUCCUUUGAUGCUUGCUAUUGAAAAGAACAAUGUGCUGCUAGUGAAAGCCCUGUUGCAAAAAAAAGGCAGUGUUUCAUUGGAUAAGAACAAGAAUAAUAAAAACAUUUUACAUAUGAUGGCCGAACUCUGCAUCAAGGGUGACAUGUCUUCAAUACUGCGAGAUGUUAUUGAACAGAACAAAAGGAUGUUAGACGAAACCACCAUGGAAAUUGAUGGCGUUUCUCCACCACCAGAUAAAGACGUCUUAAAACAAUUAGCUAAAAUGGUUGAUAAUGAAGGUUUUACUCCUCUUCUGCGAGCAUGCCAAAAAUACAAAAAUUUACAGAUGAAGUCCUACCGCCAGAAAAAUGAAGCUGAUCUUGACAAGGCUCGUGCCAAUGCCCGUAGUUUUAUUUUGAUGCUUAUUGAUGAGGCUGGGUCUGAUGUGAAUGCUACAGUGCAGAAGAAAUAUUUUAAAGAUGCAUCUUCACAACCCCAGUCAGAGGAAGAGCAAUAUGUCCCAGAAGGCAAAUGGAGUACUGUUCAUUUCAUGGUUUCUGCUGUGCAUGAGAAUAGUGUUACUACGGAUGGAAUAGUUACCUAUUGUCCAGGCCUGAAGCUUCUUUUGACCAAAAAACCCAAACUUGACCAUCAAGAUAUCAAAGGUUGUGUGCCAUUGAUUCAAGCUAUCAACUUAAACAGGCCCUAUGCUGUCAAACUGCUUCUUCUGGCUGGUGCCAAUCCAAAUUGUUCUUGGUCAGCAAAACAAGUGACCCCGUUACUUCUGGUUGCUCAAAAUGGUAAACCAGAAUUAAUCAAAAUGCUUGUUGAUGCCCAUGCCAACCUUGAUGUGACUAAUGCAUCGACCCAACAAACUCCAUUGCAUUUAGCUUGUGAAAAUAAAGUACGAGAUGCCGAUGCAUUGAAAAGAGUUCAGAUAUUAACUGAAGCUGGUGCUAAUGUUAAUGCUUUGGACUCUAAAGGCUUGACACCUCUCCAUUGUGCUGUUAAGCACAACACAGGAGAAUUAGAUUCCAGCACUGACAUGGAAGAGUUACUCAUUAAGAUUGGUGCUGACGUCUUUGUUAAAGACAAGAGGAAGUGUUUGCCUUUACACUACGCAUUUGGAGACAUGGACAGCCCAAGUUACAGCACUGCAGAUCCUAUUGAGUUGAUUCAAACCCUGACCAGUGCAAUGCAGCAUAGACUGAUUGAUGAACCUGACAGCACUGGACUGACACCUUUACAUAGAGCUGCUUGUAGAGGCUCCACUAUUUGUUGUAGACAUCUUAUGAGGAUGAAUGCUGAUACAAAUCGUAAAGAUUGCUAUGGAAAUACACCUCUUGCAUAUGCAGUACGAUACAAGCAUGACAGUUGUGCUAUUAUGCUACUGCAACAAGGUGCUAAUGUGAAAGAAAAUGUGAUAAUUCCUCCUGCAGCCAGUAAUUUGAGUAAAGACGCUCAAAAUGCUGACAGGAAACUAAAGCCUAUUUGGAAAUGGCAGCCUAUCAGAAACAUUGCAAAUAGACCCGAAAAGAAAGUUCACCCAAUCUUUCAGGAAGCAAUUGCCUCAGAACUUCAGAAUGUUGCAUAUGUCAUGCUGGAUUCUAAUGGAAUGGAUCUUAGAAGUGGCAUUGAGUCUGCUUUGUGUGUGAGCAAAUAUAAUGUUGCUCUUCGUCUGAUAAAGAAAGUGCACGAUAUCAGUAGACUACAGUCUACCAACCAGGAUAGUCGCAAUCUCCUUCACAUGCUUGCUCUCUGCACAAAACCAGGAGUGGAUACAGAAGCUCAGCUGAAGAUUGCUCGCAUUUUACUUGAGAAGGGCGUGUCCUUAAACCAGACAGAUAUGUACGGCUGCACCCCUCUUAUGUAUGCUGCUUUAAUGCAUCAGCCAUACCGAUUGGGCCAACUGAUGUCCAGCAGAAACCCCAGGCUUGACAUCAAGCAUAAAGACAGACAUGGACGUGAUGUGAUGGCAGCCUUUUUCUGGCACUAUGACAAAGUAUCAGAUAUUGAUACAGAAGCAAAAGAUUGGCUGAAGAUGCUGAUAAGUCUUGAUGCUUCUCUUGAUAUCUUGUUUGAUUUGCCUCCACCACACCCACUCCUGUUUGGGGAACAAGUAACCUUUCAGCGAAUGAACUACUUCACACGAUGUGAUGGCCCACUCAUCACUCCUCUCAUUUUUGCCAUAUGUUCUUACAACACAAACCUGGUCAGGUUUCUUCUGAAAAAUGGAGCUUCUCCCAAUUUUGCCGAUGAAAAAGGUCUUACUCCAAUUAUGCAUGCAGUUAAAAAGAAUGAUAUCAACAUAGUGAAAUUACUGCUGAACUAUGACUACCACCCUGAACAGACCCAUGAAGUGACCAAGGCAGAGCUACCCAAGAUGCCCUCUCAGCAGCUGUUUACACUAAAGAUGAUUAGUGCAGAGAACAAAACCCCUGCUGCUGCACAGGCAAAUGGCAAUGGAUCAGCUGUUGAUGAUUUGCCAGAGGUAGUGUCUGUGAUGGCUGAAGAAGGUACAGAUGCGACAGACAAAGUCGACGACAUUGAGAAUGGGGCCAGUGACAUGAGUGAUGCAGAAGUGAAUGACGUUGAUAAUGAAGACAGUGUUGGAAGCAGCGACGAGAGCAAUGACGAAAAGGAUGGUGACAAUGAUGACGAGGAGUACGAUGAUAAUGAGGGCAACGACUACAAUGACAAUGAUGACGGAAAUGACACAGAUGAAGUUGACAGUGAAGAGACUGAUUUACAACAAAAACCACCAAUUUUUCCAAGACUGAACUCGAAAGCCUCUUUUAUGCUCAAACAAGGCAACCAAUCAAGUUUCAGUUUCAGAUUUGACAAUAUCCCAACAGUUGAAAAGACGAGCAUUGUGAAUAUCAACUGUAUUGACAAUGAUGGUCGCACUGUUCUGCAUCAUCUGGUGUGUCCUCUUGAAUAUGGCACCUACGAUAAUGAUGAAAUUCUCUAUGUUCUCUUCAAAGCUGGAGCUCCUCUAGAAUUUGAGGACACAGCUGGGUUAUCCCCCCUGAAACAUGCCCUAAUCAAUGGAGCUCCACGAUUAGCUCGCAUGCUACAGAAACUCACCGGUGUUGAGCGGGACAAGUGGGAGAAACCCACAUUUAAUUGUUUAGGAGAACCUGAUGGAAUCUCUAAUACUCUGCCAAAUGUUGAUUUUGAAAGUGACAGCAAAGCCAUAGAGUCUGUCUUAGUUCCCAAUGUAAGUGACUCAGGUGAUGAAAAAGAAUUUGUACCUCAACCAGAUGAAAACUGCAACAUUCGUGCUUCUUGUGAAGUGGUUUUUGAUAGCAGUCAGUCAUUACCCUUUGAUGUUCUCCUCACCAAAGUAGAUGUCUGUUGUGGUGUCUGGGGAAUGUACAAUUUUUAUAAAAUGCAGAUUGUCCGAGAGAAAAAUAAAGACCUAUAUGUGUUAUUUACCCGCUGGGGGCGAAUUGGGGACAGAGGCCAGUUCCAGCACACACCAUUCUUCUCUAUUGAGGAGGCUUCAAAGGAAUUUUGUAAAAUAUUUAAAUCUAAAACUGGCAAUGAGUGGAGCAAAAUAAAACUUUUCAAGAAUCACCCGAAAAAGUAUCGCUUGGUGCACACAGAAGAUCGGUUAAAAGGCAAAAAGCAACCUCCAAUAAAAUUUGAUCUCAAUUCUGAUCUACCAUCAAAGCUCCCUCCACGUUUGCAAGAACUUAUCAAAGAGCUUAGUAGUGUCAAGAUGCUGUCGACUGCCUAUAGUAUGUGUGGAAUUGAUACAGACAUUCUUCCAUUUGGACAAAUAAAAAAAGAGGCUUUAUUAAAUGCCUUGAAGAUUUUACACCAGCUUCGAGAUUUGAUUGAAAUUGCGGAUAAAACAAAAGGUUCUGCUGCCCAAGUCCAAGAUUACCAAACAACUUGUGAAAAUAUUGCCAAGAUGAGCAAUGAGUAUUUCCAUUUGGUACCUCAAGCAGGCUAUGAAUAUGAAAAAAUCCGGCCAAUCCAUGACAAGCGCUCCCUGAAGAACCAUUUGAGGAAAAUAACCAAUCUUUUGGAUUAUGAAAUGGCCAGCCGAAUUCUCCUUGGGGCUCAAUACCGUUUGAAAGAAAUGAAUCCCUUGGACUAUAUUUACAAAGCAAUUGGUUGUCAUAUUAAGUUAAUGAGUGAAAAUGAAUUUGAAACUCAGUAUAUAUUGAAAUACAUUUACAGUACUGACCAUAACGUGAAAGUGCAUGCCAUAUAUCGUCUUUCAAGAGGAGGAGAAGAGGAACGAGUUCAAGAAUUAAAUCUCGAGAACCGUAUGUUACUCUGGCAUGGCAGUCGCGUCCCCAACUUCAUCAGCAUUCUCAGUCGGGGUCUCCUCAUUUCUCCCUCAGAAGCUCAAAUUUCUGGUCACAUGUUUGGAGAGGUAACCUUACCUUCCCUUUUUAUCGCUUUACUUUCUCUUUGGCUUAUUGACAAAUAA